AUGUGUCCUUUGCACGAACACCAACUACAUAAGAUGGAUUUUUCCAUUAUGACCCUUAAAACUUAUACCUUUGUCUAUAUUUUUGGAGGAAUUACUUUUAUACCUCUUGUUUUUGUUAUAUUUUUCGUUUACAGCUGGAUUGUUUUGCCAGAUGUAGAUCAGACAGUUUUUAAAUCUUUUAAAAAAUAUUCUUUCUUGAAUAAAAAAAAUAGAUUGAAAACACUAGAUUCACUGGAUGAAGCGACAGGUGUUUAUAAAACGGGAUGGAUUCGAGUGACUCGUGAGGUGGAUGAGAUGGAUAUUGAAAAUAUUGAAAAUAAAAUGUCUGGGACUGAAGGAGGAACGGGAAAUAAUAUAGCGGGACAAACACCGGGAAAUAACAUGAGUGGGGGGAUCCUUAAUACAACAAAUGUAAAAAAACAAAGAAAGGGACCGGCACUUUUUUUUGCAGUGUUAAAACAUGGAAAUCUUUUUUUAUAUGAUAAAGAAAAUCGAUCAGAUGUAAAAUAUGUGAUUGUGUUAGCGCAAUAUCAUGUUAGUAUAUACCCUAAAGGAUCUAAGGAUGGAGAGCUUUUUACAAGGACCCACGCAAUUUGUUUAUCUCGGGAAAAAAAUGAACAAAAAAAAUUGAAAAAAGAUACUGAAAGUAUUUUAGAUGAAACAAGACCAAGAAAUAAAUUUUUGAUAUAUAAUUCAAAUCCGUCGGAUCAGGAGGACUGGUAUUUUUUAUUGAUCCAGGCAAGUAAGACUUUAGAUAAGAAAUGUGAAUGGAAAGAAAAUCCGUGUGUAUCAGCAGUACCAUUAAUAUUUCAUUCGAAACAUAUGUCAAAGUUGAUUCAUGCAAUUCAUUCGACUGAUGCGCAGCUUGAAACGAGAUGGUUAAAUGCGUUAUUAGGUCGUUUGUUUCUAGGAUUAUAUCGUACACGUUUUUCACAGGAAUAUAUAAUUGAAAAAAUAAGAAAGAAAGUAUCUCGAAUUAAAAAACCUGGAUUUUUGUCAGAUAUUGUAGUUAAAGGGGUGGAUAUUGGGGACAGUAUUCCAUAUAUUACAUGUCCUAGGCUUAGAGAUCUUUCUUCGGAUGGACAAUUAAAUAUUGACGCAAUGAUUACAUAUAAUGGGAAUUUUAGAAUAGAAAUUGCGACUACUGCGACAUUAAAUUUAGGGAGUCGAUUUAAAGCUCGGCAAGUUGAACUGAUGUUAGCAGUAAUAUUAAAAAAAUUCGAAGGGACUUUAGCAUUAAUUAUUAAACCCCCUCCAAGUAAUCGACUUUGGUAUGGAUUUUAUGAAAUGCCAAAGAUAGAUAUGACUAUUGAACCUAUCGUGUUUUCGAAACAAAUUACAUACUCCAUGAUAUUAAAAGUUAUCGAGAAUAGAAUACGUGAAACUAUUCAUAAUACACUUGUUUUUCCUUAUAUGGAAGAUUUUGAAUUUUAUGACACAACAGAUCAAUUUUUUAGAGGAGGAAUUUGGGAUCAUUCAAAAAUGCAAGAAAAAGAGUCGGAGUCAGAAAAAGAAAUUUCAGUGAUAGAAAAACAAGAAAGCAAUGAAGAAACAUUAUUAGAUGUAUUAGAUGAUAUCAAAGAGAAAUCAAACUUAUCAAAAAUGGUUUCAACAAAUUCUGAAAACGAAGCGCCCAAUAAAUCAAAGCAUUCCAUUUUGCUCACUACAUUGAGAUCUUCUGGUUCGGAAGUAAAAAAGAAUCCUUUGAAAAGAUCAUCAUCAUACAAUACGAUUUCUGAUAAUAGUUCACUAGUUGACCUAGAGAACCGAUCAAGUACGGAAAUUCCCUCGGGAGAUAAAUCUUUCAAGGAUUUAUGCGGUAAAUCAUUUGUUACUGCAGCUGCAAUAAGUGCCUUUGGAAAAUCUACUGUUUUACCGAAAACAUUUAAUAAGAUAUCUCAUUUUAAAACUCCUAAAUCAGAAGAUAUAAGUAAAUUGGAUAUAGAGUUGGAUAAAAAGGCUAUUGAUGUUGAGAAUGAGAGUAUUACAUCUAGUACUUCUACAAAUUCAUUUAAAUCCUCGUUUACAACUAAAAAAGAACGUCUUAGUGCAGCUUUUGCUACAAUGCGGGAAAAUACUAUAUUUGACAAUAAACGAAAGUCUGAAUCUGGUGAAAAAAGUUCACUAUCAUCAAGCGUUAGUUCUGCUACAAAUACUGUACGUCGAUGGGGCGCAAAUUAUAUUGCAAAAAGACAUGGGAAUACAUCUAUUGAUUCGGAAUCGUUAAAUUAUACGUCUUCACAUACAUCUCCUUUAAGCUUCCAAGUUAAUAAGAAAAAGACAUCGUCAAGUAAUUUGAACGAAAAUCCUCCAGAUUAUUCAGAAAUCUCUACAGAUUCUAUUGUAUAUGAUUCAUUACAAUUAAGCGAACCAUCAUGUGCUACUACAACAGAUACUGUUCAUGCAUUUUCAAAUAAACAUAUUUCGAUUCCAGAGCCUCUUGAAUCUAUGACGGAACAAUCAUAUACUAUUAGUAAGCCAUUUAGCCAAAGAACGGAUUUGGAUUAUGAUACAUUGUUACCUAAGCAAAGGCCAAUACCUCCCAUACUUCCUAUGAGACGGGAUUUACCCUCACCGCCUGCGCUUCCUGCAAGACGAAAUGUGGUUAAACAAAUUAUUAUUCCAGAGCCUUCUAAAACUCUUGACAAUGCAAAUAGUCAUAAAACGAAUGUAGAUAGUGAUGAUAGGGUUGUAGAUUGCGAUGAUAAGAAUGUGGAUCAUGAUAUUAUAGCAGAAAAUUUAUUUCAAGAUUCUUCUGAAAAAAAUGAUGAAUCCAAAAAUAAUAAUGAAUUAGAAAACAGUAUUGAGCAAAAAAGUUCUUUUGAGUUGGAUAAUAUUAUUGAAUUAGAAAAUACUAUUGAGUUAGAUAAUAUCACUGAACCUGAAGAUACAACUCAACUGGCUGAUACCAGUAAACUAGAUGGUAUUGCCGAAUCAGAAAAUAGUAUGGAAUUAGAAGAUAUGGUUGAAUUGGAAGAUAUUAUUAAUUCGAAGAGUAUAAAAAGAUCGACGAAUACUAUUUAA